UACAAUUUGACUGCUUUCUAUCAACUGUGCUCUGCAAAUUCAUGGAUAAUCAACAUGGAACCAGAAGAACCUUUAGGAAAGAUAAGCCUAUUCAUUACACCUUCAAGAUUCAGUCAUUUUCGAGCCUUUCCAAGAAUUCAAUAGAUAAAUGGAACUCUUGUGAUUUUGAAGUUGGAGGCUACAAAUGGAAACUGUCUCUCCAUCCGAAGGGGAACAAGAACAAGGGUGUGAAGGAUCAUUUAUCACUGUAUUUGGCGGUUGCACAAACAAGUUCUCUCCCUUCUGAUUGGGAGGUCAAAGUGAUUUUCAAGCUCUUUCUUUAUGAUCAGCUUCGUGACAAGUACUUGAUGCUUGAGG